UCUCGCAGCCUCUCCGUUUCUGCAGCCGGCCCAGGAUGCGUAGGCAGAGCUGGUGGAUUUUUAAAAGUAGGAUCUGCUGAAUCAGAGCCUGAGAGCUGUCCAGGGCUGUGUGUGGCCAUGUGCUGCAGAAGGGAGGCACCCCCUGGCCGCACACUCGCUGAUGGAGAAGGAGAUGCUGCUGUUCCACCUGGCACACUCUCCAGGAAACAACACUGACAUAACUUCAAGCCAGGAGACUUGGGGAAGGAAAGGUCUGAACACCGGUGGAAGAUGCUGAUGGACAAAAAUACAUCGUCGCUCUCCAACAUCUCCUCCACUGCCCUGUCCUGGGUAAGAGGAGAUGGCAACUGGACAGGGGCAGGAAUGGGUCCCCGGGAGGUGGCUGUUGGACUGAUACUAACCUUCAUAGACUUGAUCACUCUGUUUGGGAAUACAGUGGUUUUUAUCUGCCCUGUGGUGGAGAAGAGGCUGCGUACUGCAACUUACAUGUUUAUUAUGUCCUUAGCCAUGGCAGAUCUCCUCGUUGCUUGUCUGGUCAUGCCAUUUAGCAUAAUUUAUGAGGUGACAGGGAUGUGGCUAUUUGGGAAGCUGUUCUGUAAAGUGUGGAUUUCUUUUGAUGUCAUGUUCUGCACGGCGUCCAUUGUCACAUUGUGCUUUAUCAGUCUGGAUAGAUAUUGCUCCGUGGUGACCCCCUAUCAUUAUUCAAUGAGGAUGUCACGUCGAAGGUGCAUCGUAAUGACCUGUAUGGUCUGGGUAUACUCCUCCCUCAUUUCCUUCCUACCAGUCAUGCAAGGCUGGAAUGAGAUACCUGGUGUAGAUUUUGAUGCUGGCAAAGAGUGCAUCUUUGUCACCAACUGGACUUUUGCCAUCGUAGCUUCUGCCCUGGCAUUUUUUGUCCCCUUCAUGAUUAUGUGCAGCAUGUAUUUCUUCAUCUACCGAGCAUCACGACUCAAGGCCACUCGCAUCAUGUCUCAGUCCCUUGAAAUUCACUACCAUCCCAACAGCAAGAGGCAGAACAACCUGCAGCUGGAAAACAAAGCCACUCGGACAAUUAGCAUCAUCAUCUCAGUCUUCAUAUUGUGCUGGUUACCAUACUUUGUUCUGAAUAUAUGGCUAGCUGCCAAAGGUACCAAUUCCACCAGCCCAGUCCUGGUUGAUGCCUUCAAGAUCAUAACUUGGUUAGGUUAUUGCAAUUCUACUAUCAAUCCCAUGCUCUACGCCUUUCUGAAUCGGGACUUCCAACGGGCUCUGAAGAACCUGUUCACCUGCAGGCGCAGGUCUCAGGUGGGUAUUGGAGAAGAUAUGGUUUCAAUAGCCACCUUUUCCAAGACUGCUCAAGACCCAGAAUACAGCAUUAAAGUCCCAAUGCCUACUGGAGCGCUGAAGAGCAAGCACAAACAAUAAAGUUCUGGGUUACUUGUUGCAGGAUGUGACAGAUGCAGAGUGUAUGGGGACUGAUGUGUAUUUUUUUUGGGAGGGGGGGUGUCUAUUAAUUGAAUUUUUUUGGGAAGAGAUUGGGUGCAAGAUUACAAAUGCAUUUUUAUUUUGGCUGUAAUCUGUGUGAAAUGUGAGCAACAGGAUGAUGCCAUAUUGUCCUUUCAUCUUCCUUUGUGCUGUGAACAAAAUUAGUAGCACUUUCUGAAAGAACAGCAAGGGACCUUGAUCUUGCAGCUGAGUUGUCAUAACCAAUUUACUAGUUUUCCACUAAAAAAAAUUACACUAUAUAUAAAUAGCAGAAAAGUUUCCUGUGAAUGAUUCAGUCUUUAUGUUGAAAAAGUAGCCAUGAAAAAUGAAUUGUGCUCACUGAGCGCCUUUUAGCCUGGGUGUAAUCUACAACUGAGUAUAUGUGCACUCUCUCAGGGCAAUUCAAUACAGCCCUGGUCCUGCAAAAGCUUAUGUUACAAGCUCAACAUUACUUGCACAUUUUCAAUGGGACUACUUGUGAAUAAAGUUCAUCAUGCACAGAGGUGUUGGUAGGCUCUAGCCUAUGAAUGAAAGUCACUCAUGUGCAGAGAGACAGCACAAGACCCAGCCACCAGUGACCUCAGCGGUGCCUAGGUCUUGUGCUGGCUCUCUGCACCGUGGUAGAUCCCACGCCAAUUUUCUUCAGAAAUAAGUGUGUAGUUGCAAAGCUUAUAACUUUCCAAACUAAGUCUGAGAGAUUUAAAAUAAGUGAUUCAUCAACAGCAAGUGCAGACAGAUAGGAGAGGUGUUCAUUUACAUGAAUUGUGUCCCAGACCUUUGGAAGGCUGCCCAACCAAAUACGACUGUUGGCUGAAACAAGUAUGGAGACCUUUAUCAUUCUAUAGAACUUAUACAGCCCCUGUUGUCCAAGAUGUUAUAAGUGGUUUACAAUUGUCUAAAAAAGCUGCACAGGACACUGGAUUGGCAGGUAAGAGAUGUAAGAAUUACUUAUCCUACCACUAAAAUGCCAUAGAAACCUCUGGCAUGGAGUUCAGCAGUUGCUUAACAGUACAACAUUAACAGCUGUAGAAGGAAGUGGGGCGGGGGUGGUGGUGAGAGAUUCACCCAAGUUUUGAAUGUGACCAGACAUUGUACAAUAAAACCUCCCUGCUGAUGAGGUGAAACAUACUGGGGCUCAGGGGUGGCUGAGAGAAACUCUCCCUGUGCCCAGUCAGUCUGACUGUGAAGCUGGGAAACUCUCAAGGAAGGCAGCACAUGUGAUCCCUCCUGUUUUGACUCUGCUAUAGUCUGGCUCCAGAAUGCCCUGAAUCUGAUUGAAUUUUUCUGCACAGCAGCCUCCUCAAGGCAAUCUGGCUUCAUCAGUCAACCCGCCAUUCAGAACACUUCCACUGGCUGGAAGGCAUGAAGAAGGACCUUUUAUGGUAUUCUACACUGCAACUAAACACCCACAGCUGGCUUUGUCAGCUGACUCAGGCUCCCGGGGCUUAGACAACGGGGCUGUUUAACUGUGGGGUAGAUGCUCUGGCUGGAGCCUAGGCUCUGAGACCCUCCCUGGGCUCCAGCCCAAGCCUGAAUGUCUAUACCACAAUUUUACAGCCCUGCAGCCCCAGCCCAAGGAGACAGAGUCAGUUGGCGUGGGCCAGCUGCAAACGUUUAAUUGCAGGGAAGACAUAUCCUUGGAGCCUUCUGUUACCAUGACAUAAAAUUUCACUUCAGUCAGAUGCUGGAGUCAAUUGGAUUCAGUGACAGACCUUUGACACUUCUCUGGUCUAUAGUACACCAACCUGACUCACUCAUAGAUCAUAGAGGUACAUUUUGUGGAAGAGGGAGGGGGUUAGAGAGACGGAAAAAGUCCUCAUCAAGGACUACAACUUCAAGAUAUCAGACAAACUUGUGAGUUCCCUUUAUAUUUAUGACAAGAACAAAAGCAUCAACACACAAAAUUUUUUUACCUAGGGAGGUGGUAGAAUCUCCUUCCUUAGAGGUUUUUAAGGUCAGGCUUGACAAAGCCCUGGCUGGGAUGAUUUAACUGGGAAUUGGUCCUGCUUUGAGCAGGGGGUUGGACUAGAUGACCUUCUGGGGUCCCUUCCAACCCUGAUAUUCUAUGAUUCUAUGAUUUUUAGUAUUAAAAUUAUUUUCUUCAAACUUCCCCAAUACACUCAUCUCUAGACUAAGACCAGUCUUCAGAAAUUUCAGGACAAAGGUUAAUUCUCCUAAGAGAAAGUCUCAGUAUCUGUCUCCUUUUGGUGUGGCCCCUUCAUCAACCAGCAUUUUAGCACAGCUGAAAGUCCCACCUCAGUCUUGUAAGUUAGUAAGAAUCAAACUUGUCACAGUGCAAAUAAUAAAACUGAACUUGACGCAAAAGUAAAAUAAGUUGGAGAACUGGCUUUUCUAUCCCCUUCAGCCCAUGUAAACCUGCCAUCUGGGUUGCUUAUUGUGUAUAGUUUUUGUUUUUAAAGAAAAGCAACUAUAAAGCUUU